AUGGAAAACGAGUAUUCUCCCUUGCAUACUACUAGUUUUCCGGGCGUGGAUGUCGGUGUGAGUACCGCAGGCGUAGCAAAUCUUCAGCCUGACGGUCAGAGUCUUCAGGGUUCAACAACUGGUUUUGUUCAAGGGAUGCGACAGGCUUCACCAAGGUCGCAAUCGGUACAGCCUGCUUCAUCAUACUUUGGAGAUGGGAUUAACGCUGCGCAGUUUUCGCCGUUGGCAGAGGGUGGGGGUACCCAUGCCAAUAAGUGGGUACCCAAUGGUAAUGCCAUUGCCCAUGCGAAUACUUAUAGCAGUGCUGCUGGUGCUGGCCAUCACGUUGAUUUCAACAGUAAUACCAAUGGUACGAAGAACAACCUUGCAUCUGCCUCAUUCAGUAACUCUAACUCUCACACAAUUAACGACCCAUCGACGCAAGAAUAUUUAUCGCCAUUCUUUCAACCAUUUGGCAUCGAUGUAACCCAUUUUCCGCUAACAAAUCCGCCAAUUUUCCAGAGUUCCCUAACAUCGUUGGACGAGCCUGUGAAAAGGAGAAGAAUAUCUAUUUCAAAUGGGCAGAUUAAUCAGCUAAGUGAAGAUUUAGAGACUCUAGAAAAUUUGUAUAAUACUCAACCGCCACCUUUACCUCCAAGAUUCGACCACCAGCCGAUGCAAACGCAAAUACCGAGCCAAAUUCAGAAUCAAUCUCAAGCCCAAACGCAACGUCAUGUGCAACGUCAGACACAACGUCAAGAUCCACAGCCUAAUUUAGCAGAGAACGCGCUACGACAGCAAGCAAAAUUUCAACAAUUCGAAUCUGUUAACAAUUCAGUGCCACAGGCACAUAUUCAGGCAAACCCAGAUGAUGAAAUCGCGGCAAAAUCCAUAAGUGGUAGUGCCUCAUCAACAACAUGGGAAAAUUCUAACGGUAAUAGCCUUCAUUGCUCAGAUGUCUUAUCUCAACAGCGGUCAUCACAGCAGGUCGCGGUAGAUGUGAGUCCUGCACCAGUAAAGAGAAGUUCAUCGUCUUCGUCCAAUUCAUCGUACAACAAUCGCAUGUCUGACCCAAUACCGGGUACAAAUGCAUGGAAAAGAGCAAGACUCCUCGAAAGGAAUAGGAUGGCAGCAUCUAAAUGUAGACAGAGGAAGAAGGUGGCACAGUUGCAGCUUCAAAAGGAUUUUGGCGUGAUCUCGGCAGAGAAUAAAGUGAUGAAAAGGAAGCUUGAUUAUUAUGAGAAACUGGUUGCCAAAUUCAAAAGGUUUUCGGAGGCUCAUUUACGAAAAUGCUCAGGCUCUGAUGACUCUUUGGAUAUUAUCGAAGAGAUGUUGAUGAUAGACUCUGGAAUCAAGGAAGUUGAUGAUUCUGGGUUGAUUGUAAAAUUAGAAGAUAACUAG